AUGCAUUUAGUUCAGGGUGGGGAAUUAAUAAUAGCUGAAAAACCACCUUCGAUCAAACUACAAGGAGAUGGUUCAAUCGAUCAGAGUUUGAUACCUGAUUUACUUACGGCAGUUAUGGGAUUUACAAACGACAAAAAUUUAAAUUGGCACGAUAUGAAAAUAACGGAUCCUUUUCAUUUCGCUGAAGUGACUGUUGUUUUAUAUAUUGAUGGAAUUACUUCCCUCGGGGAAUCAAUACCAUUUCAAAAAUAUAUUUUGAGCAGUGAUGAAAGCAUCGACGAAACAUGGCACACAUUGAAAAAUAAAGUCAUGAGUAGAUACCCUUUACAAAAUGGUACAAUUUCAAUGAUUGGAACAGAUUUAGAUGAAAAUAUAGAUCAAAAGAAUAUGAAUGCAUCAGAAAAACAAGUUUCUGAAUUUCAUAAUUUUGAUCAAGAAAUUAACGAUAUUGAAAAUUUUGUAAAAACCUUUCAAAGACCAAGUAGUGUUCCUAAUUUAUAUUGGUUGAAUAUAAAGAGCAUAAAUCCAGUAACCAAUUUAGAAGAAGCCAAAGCAAAGGUUUAUGAAACUCUUAAAUUGGUGGCGAAAAAAUUUAAUAAUUAUUAUUCUAAUAGAGCAUUUGUCAUUGCAAUAGCAAGUGAUCCGCAUAAAGAAAGAAGAGUAAGAAGUGCUGAAGAUGAAAAAAUUGAAGAUUCAACUAUGAAUGAAAUGAGAAUGAGUAAUGUUUACAAUCCAGAUUUUCCAGUAAUUUUUAAUAUAAUUUUAUGGCUUACAGUUGCCUUGGUGUUUUCUCUUCUGGCAGUUUCAGUAUUUAUAGCUUCAAUGGACCCAGGUAGAGAUUCAAUAAUUUAUCGUAUGACCAGCAAUAGAAUGAAAAAAGAUAGUUAA